CAGUAAUCGUUACUCAACACUUACAAAUAUUAAUGCACAAUUUUUCACUCGUCCAAUUUUUGUUGAUAAUACGAAAGUAAUUGAGUUAAUUGCACACCCAAAAUGAGUGAGGAGACUCCACCCUCAAUGCAUACAAUAUGCCGCACUUGUUUGUCCAACCUGCAACACGCUGAAGCCUUCGACCUGUUUGUUGUUCCGGGUCUGGCCAAGAAGUUGUGUGUGUGUACUUCGCUGUCGGUGGAGCACCUGGAUGGAUUCCCCAGAAACCUCUGCACCACCUGUUAUAGCCGUCUCAACGAUUUGCAUGACUUUCAGAAGCAAUGCGUGGACUCUGUGCAAAAGUUCAAGGAGUUGGUGUCCAGAAACUGCUUCAUAAUCCGCACAAUUCCGGAGGAUGAUCCUGGCGUCGUGGAUGCUGCUGUGCAGGAUGUUGUCCAUGAAGAGGAGCACAUUAACUUCGAUCCUCUUUUGAAUACAAAAAUAGAAAUUGACAAUGAGGAGGAUGUUUUUAAAAUGAUUGAAGAUGUCGAUAAGGAAUCUGAGAAUGAUGAGACUUGGAAGGACGCGUUCAACGAUAGCGGAAGCGACUAUAACAACGAGGAUAUGGGAUUACAAGAAGAUAGCAGCGAUUCCGAUGAUGAGAUGCCGUUGUCCCGCCUGCGAAGAAAUACCAGAGCCACAAAGUCCAAGACCAAAUCGGAUGAUAAAGAUAAGCCUAAAAUAACAAAGCCGAAACGUAAACGUGUUCCAGCAGCUGAGAGACAAUUGAAUCGCCCCAUAGAAUGUCACAUUUGUAAUCAGAAAUAUUAUAAGGCUUCACGUUAUGAGGAGCAUAUGAAACACCACAAUGAUCAAUUACCAUUUCAGUGUUCAGUGGAGAAGUGUAAAAAGGGAUUCACGACAUCUACAGGACUAAAGCAUCAUAUGGAACACACGCAUCCGGAACUAUGCGAUCUUCACCCCUGUACAGUCGAAGGAUGCAGUGAAUCCUUUGCCCAAACUCGCAUGCUCACUCAACAUCUGAGAAAAGUACAUAAUAUUGCCAAGCCCAUUAUACAUCCAUGUCCGGAAUGCGAUAAAGUAUUCCGUUGUCCAAUGGCACUGAAAAAACACAUGUAUGAUCACACUGGAGAGGAGCUGCCCUUCGGCUGUAACAUCUGCCAGAAACGCUAUCGAGUGAACACUGAACUUCGAGAUCAUCUACUACGACAUGCCGGGAUCAAAAACUUUGUUUGUCCGUAUUGUGGCGUGGGCAGGACCACAAAACAGGAGCUGGACAAGCACAUCUUAACACAUACGAAGGAGAAGAAGUUCAAGUGUGAUCAAUGCGAUCAUACCUCCCACAACAAACAAUGUAUGACCAAGCACAUCAAGGUGGUGCACAUGAAAAUUAGGAACUUUGUCUGCCAGUAUUGUCCAAAAGCCUUUGGAAGUGCUUAUGGCUGUAAGAACCACGAGAAGUUGCAUACUAGGAACGAUUGUUUCGAGUGCACAAUCUGUGGAAAGAAAUUCCUCUUCGAAAAGAGACUAACGAAGCAUUUAAGGACUCAUGAGAAGCGCAAAAAUAAAUCUGAUACAAGUUCUAAAAAGACGGAAACUGAUGGGGAUGUUAAAAAGGAGUCGAAAGAACCAGUAGCCGUUAUGAAGAAACCAGACAUUCCUCCCAAGCCCAGGGAUCCACGUCGAGUUGAGGUAGUGGAUAUAUCUCAACUAGCUGGCACUGCGGUUAAUCCCUUUCCAUCGGUAUCUGUAUCAUCUUGGUCAACGCAAGAGGACUUCACUAAGAACGACGGUCAGCACAUUUGUCCGGAAUGUGGCAAAAAUUUCAACAAAAUUGCCGGAUUAAAGCUCCACGUCAAGACUGUACACGAUAAAAUCAAGGACUUUGCCUGUCGCUUCUGUCCCAAACGAUUUGGCAAAUCAAGCCAUCUCCGUCAUCAUGAAUAUACACAUACGGGUGAAAAACCGUACGUUUGCAAAGUAUGCAGUCAAACUUUCAGGCAUGAUGGAACAUUAAGAAGACAUAUGGAGUCACACAACAGACCUCCAAGAGAACCGAAGAAACCUAAGCCCGCUCCAAAAGAUCCACAGGAACGUAGACUGAAACUCAAUAUGGAACCAGUGCAGAACUAUGAGCAGUUUCAAGAUCCAGAUGCAGAACGAGCAGCUGCAACGGCUCAAUUAAUGGCCCACCAACUGGAAGAAAGUGAAGCAAAGCGUAAGGCGGAAGAGAAAACCCGGGAAAUUCAAGAAGCAGCGCAGAAGCAGCUCCAGAAGUUGCAACAGCCGUAGAGUUCCUAUGAUAGCCCCACUGAAUAAAACUUGGAACUAAGUGUAUCAUACAAGUCUCAGUAAUAUUAUUUCUUAAAUAAAAUUUUCCUUAAAAUUGAAAAUUUAAUCUUAAUCUUAACUAAAUGUAUAUACUGAUUAUAAUAUGCUACUUUAAGUUAGUUACAUGGAUUUUAUCAUAAAUAGAAAUAUCUAAACAUUUUUUAUU